AUGUGCGAUGAUAAUUCCAUGCGACACUGCAAGGCCUUCCUGCGACGUCGGUUGGCCUACGGCCCCCAAGUUUCGAAGCGGGAACGAGCCGCCUCGCACCCGGACGGAGAGGAACAAGGCGCGUCUGCGUGGGGGCACUUGUGGCCGUCGGGGCGCCACACGCAGUGCGAAGAGUUGAGGAGGGUGCUCCGGCGAACGAUCUUCGACCGCCAGAGCCAGAGCGCCCUCCUUCUCGGCAACACCGGCACGGGCAAGUCUCUGGUCCUCGAUAGCGUGCUCCGCAGCCUGGCGCAGGAAGCUUCGUCCCUCGCAAAAGCGAAGGGUGCGACCGCAGCAGCGUCGGCGGGGCACGGGAAGCGAAAGAGGCAGAAGAAGAAUUCCCCGGCGGCGGGGGAGGGGGGAGGAACAGGCGGGUCGGGAGGUGUUUCGUCUGUGGAGGGUGGGAGCGCUGGGCAGCCCGCGUCGUCGUCGCCUCAUCGCAACCUCGCGAUGAUGGUAGACUCGAUGAAGACGGGCGCAGUUAACGGAGUGCCCGUGGUCUUCGUUCUAGAUGAGUUCGAGCGUUUCGCCUGCCGGAAGCCUCAGACGCUGCUCUACGCCUUGCUCGACCUGUGUCAGGAUAAGACCAUUUGCGCGGCUGUGGUGGGCCUUUCGGUCAACCUGAACGUCCUGGACGUGGCAGAGAAGAGAGUCAAGUCCAGAUUCUCCUUCCGGCAGAUAGGCUUCCCCCGCCAGGCCCUCGACACCAUCGUUUCGAUCCUUGCGGGCGCUCUCACGUUGCCCGGAGGAAACGACGAAAACGACGACGACGAGGGCGGCGAAUCUCCCCCGCCACCCCCCGGUGUCUCCGCCGCUUUCGCUCGAGACUUCAACGCCGUCACCCGGCAGACCCUCGGCGGCGCCAAGAACGGUGUCACCUCCUCCGCCGCCAACAGCGGCGGCGGCGGCGGCGGCGGCGGCGCGCAGCGAUCCGCUUCUUCGGCCCUGCCGGAUCUGAAGGAUCUCGCGGCAUCGGGGAGGAGCGUGGGGUGGCUCUUGAGGCUGGCGUCUACGGCGGUGGGGCUGCUUAGGGACGACGAGAAGGGGGUGACGCGGAGGGCGCUGGCGAGGGCGGGGGAGAUGCUCGCGCCCGACUCGCACUCUCUGGCGCUCCGGAGCUUGUCGGUGACCCAGGCCCUUGUGCUGGUUGCGAUGGUGAGGUUGGAGCGUAGGGGACGCAAGAAGGACGGCUGUUCGUUCGAGGCCGUUUUUCGAGAGUACGGGUCGUACCUGCGGGAGUUUCGAACGUGCCACUUACGCUUCUCUCGUGCCGUGAUCUUCAAAGCCUUCAGCCAGCUGGUGGAGCAAGGCGCUCUGCGAUCGGCAGAGCCUGGAACCGGUGGCGGGCGCGAGGCGCACCCCGUGCUCCACUGCCGGUUCCGGAGCCAUUUCGACAUCGAGCAGGUGGAGCGCGCGCUGGAGAAGAACGUCAUUGCCGCCCCCACCAACGUGGCUCGGUGGUGCAAGAGGUGGCAGAGGCAGUAG